AUGGCCACAGCACAGUUGCAGAGGACUUCCAUGAGUGCAUUGAUAUUUCCUAAUAAGAUAACAACUGAGCAACAGUCCUUGGUGUUAGUGAAGAGGCUCCUAGCAGUUUCCGUGUCCUGCAUCACAUAUUUGAGAGGAAUAUUUCCAGAAUGUGCUUAUGGAACAAGAUAUCUAGAUGAUCUUUGUGUCAAAAUUCUGAAAGAAGAUAAAAAUUGUCCAGGAUCUACACAGUUAGUGAAAUGGAUGCUAGGAUGCUAUGAUGCUUUACAGAAAAAAUAUCUAAGGAUGAUUGUUCUAGCUGUAUACACCAAUCCAGAAGAGCCUCAGACAAUUUCAGAAUGUUAUCAAUUCAAAUUCAAAUACACCAAUAAUGGACCAGUCAUGGACUUCUCAAGUAAAAACCAGAGCAACGAAUCUAGCUUGUCAUCUGCUGACACCAAGAAAGCUAGUAUUCUCCUCAUUCGCAAGAUUUAUAUUCUAAUGCAAAAUCUGGGACCUUUACCUAAUGAUGUUUGUUUGACCAUGAAACUUUUUUACUACGACGAAGUCACACCCCCCAAUUAUCAGCCUCCCGGUUUUAAGGAUGGUGACUGUGAAGGAGUAAUAUUUGAAGGGGAGCCUAUGUACUUAAAUGUGGGAGAAGUCCCAACACCUUUUCACACCUUCAAAGUAAAAGUGACCACUGAAAGGGAACGAAUGGAAAAUAUUGACUCAGCUAUACUAUCACCAAAACACUUAAAAACACCACUUAAAAAAAUCCUGAUGGACAAAGAUGAUAUGCGAGAUAAACAAGAGCAUUAUGUAAGUAUGAGUUUUAUUUUAAAAGAUGAUUUUGACAUUGAAACUAAACUGGAAGAUCGGAAGAAAAACCCUGGAUCUUCUGAAUUUGGAGAACCAAGUUCAUUUUGUGAGGAAGAUGAAAUUAUGAGGCCUAAGGAAAGUCCAGAUCUUUCAAUUUCUCAUUCCCAGGUUGAGCAGUUAGUCAGUAAAACAUCUGAACUUGAUAUGUCUGAAAGCAAAACAAGAAGUGGAAAAAUCUUUCAGAAUAAAAUGGCAAAUGGAAAUCAACCAAUAAAAUCUUCUAAAGAAAAACGGAAGAGAAGCCGCCAUGAAUCUGGGAAAAUGGUCCUUCAUCACUUUGAUUCUUCUAGUCAAGAGUCUAUACCAAAAAGGAGAAAGUUUAGCGAGCCAAAAGAACAUAUAUGAAAUUAUUUUUUCUUCUAAACAUUUACAAAGAUCUUCUCAACAUUUG